GAGAUGAACUCGAGCAUCUGUUAGAUGAUGACAAUGACAUGGCUGAAAUGUAUUUAACAGAGAAGUUUGCUGGUCACUCAAUGGACCACACAUCCUUAAAGGAGGAAUUAUAUGAUGAGGCACUUGAGGAUGAUGAAGACAGGGGUGAAGAAACUAAGUCUCAACACAGCUAUGAAACUUAUACUGGAAUAAAGCCCAAUAUUGAGGAGCUGGAGAUGCUUUUAGAAGCCUACUUUGCACAGAUAGAUGGCAUCUCACAAAAACUAUUCCAUGUAUGUUCCUCACCAUUUUCUUAUUUAAGAAUUAAUAUUUUUGUUGGCAUUGCUGCUAUUUUUUUUUUUCAAAACUGUUUUUGCCAAGUAUAGGUAAAAUUGACAACAUUGCUCACUUCCAAACUUGAUGCA